AUGCCCCCGAUUCCCUCUCUUCCUGCUGAAGACAGGGAACCCCGUCGCAAGGCCUUGCUGAUCGGUAUCAAGUAUGAUUCCAGCGGUGAACAAGAAUCCCCCGAAUCUGGAGCACUUAUAGGACCACAUUGCGACGUUGCCAAUUUCAAGCAGUUCAUCAUGGAAUUCUACCAUUAUUGCGAGACGGAUAUCAUCAUCAUGCAAGAUGACCCCUUGACACCAACGCACUUGCAACCUUCGAGGAGGAACCUCCUUCAUCAGUUCAAAGCUCUGGUAGAAGGUGCACAGGAAGGAGAUCGUUUUGUGCUGUACUACUCUGGCCACUCGCGCCAGGUCGAGAAUACAACCGGAUCAGAAGAGGAUGACAUGGACGAAGCUCUUGUACCAUGUGAUGAUACCGGACACGACGAGAUCAGAGAUAAUGUUCUUAAACAACUGCUCGUCGAUCCUCUUCCUGUCGGGUGCACAUUGACUGCCAUAUUCGACACGUGUCAUAGUGGUACUAUGCUAGACCUUGACCACGUACAUUGUCAUAACGUUUACGUGCCAUAUAUCUACAAAGGAGAGCGUGACGCAUCUCUUAUCCGUAAUGCUAAUGCCCGCAAGCUUGCCAGAUUUUCAUCGGGCCGAAUCAUCUCUUCCCAGCGUCGUAACGCCGAGGAGGUCGAGUCUCGCAAAGGAAGCUUCCAAGGUCUGCCGGCGACAUCCAUCAAGGCGAAGCAGCUUCAAUGGCGCAAUACCAUGCAAAUCUUCCCCUCUCACUUUGCCGUGCCUCCGAUCUUGCCAGAGCCCGUUGAGAAUACUGCCCCUACUCGUGCGUGGACGGACCCGGGCACCCCCUCCAACAUCGGCACGACAUUCGAAGGCAUGGAUGUCGUCAGCCCAACAAGCCCCGACUUCUGUAUCACCCCCCCUUCAGGUAUCUUCCCCGGUCGUUUGACAGUGGCGGAUCCGAAUUCGGACCUCCCGGUUCCAUUGUUGUCGCCGUAUAUCGCGCAGCAGCCAUCGUGGUUACUCCAGGACGAAGCACAGAGGUGCAUGUCGCCGAUCUCCGAGCAUUUCAAAUGCGAUGGGUGGUGCACUCCUGAAUCCGGCGAAAAUAAACCCCGCGUGGUAGCAUUGGCAGCUGCAGGUGAUAAUCACUUGACUUGGGACUUGGCCGAAGGAGGGACAUUGACCAUCGCGUUGAUCGAUAUAUUAAAGACAAAACCAGAAAUGCCCUUCGAUAAGCUCAUGACAGAACUCAGCUACCGUCUCUACGAGAUGGCCCAAAGAGUCCAUCAAUGGUCCAGGGAUCAAUACAAGAAACGGAAGGCUCCCGGCACCAGGGUGAAGCACGACGACAUCGAACUCAACAUGAUCCCCACUCCACAGUUGAGCAGUAACAUCAGAUUGAACAUGUCAGACCGCCUCAUCUUAUGA